AUGAUCGAUGAAGCAAGAAAAGAGACAAUAACAUGGGCAAGACGGAGAUUAUUGGGAGUCAAUACGGUCCAACAGCCCGGCAAAAGUGAUGAUGACAAAAUGGGAUGUUUUAAUGAUAAAGGUUCCCUUGUUGAGAUUGUCCAUAUGGUGUUGCUCAUGAUUGCAAUGCUAAAGAUAAUGUUCGCUUUGACUUGA